GGCAGGACCUGCUCGUGCGCGUCCUGAUACGGUCGAAGCCAGCCAGAGAUAAGCGGUCGAGUGGCACCUCGGAAUCGUCGCCCAGCGUGCAAUGGGAUGGAUGUAGACUCCCCGUCUUGCAACACCCCAUCCAGUCUCAUAACAUUCUCACGAUAAGAAAACAGCGCGGCAGAAACAUCUCGGGGUCUCCCCCCUCCUUCACCAGUCGUCAGACAGGACUGCGACGCUGUAGACCCG